UCAUAUUUUGGCAGAAAAUGGGUUUUUGGACCUUGUUAGAAGGGUUUCUACUCUUUGCAAAUGCAUUGGCAAUACUGAAUGAAGAACGUUUUCUUGCUCCCAGAGGAUGGACAAUAGCAGAACUAACAGGACCCAGGAGAAGUACCCUCAAAGGGCAGAUUAUAGGGCUUAUACAUGCCUGUCAGUUCCUGAGACUUCCCCUUAUACUAUUGAAUAUUAUCACCAUAAUUGUGAAGUUGUUCACUGGAUGAAUUGAAGAGCCAGACCGAAAGUCUAUGCUCUUUUGUGUGUAUCAUGCAAAAAUCGAGUCGCAUUUCAGUGGUAAAAUGAGCUGAACUUAUUAUAAGGCUUUAUCA